AUGUUACAAAAUUCUAUAUCCAUCGCCUACUUGACUUCAAAUUUAUAUUUUCACUUAAAGUUACAAGUUCAAUUUUUAAAUCGUGUUUCUGCCACUAUUCAACAAACUCGAAACCUACAAAUUCAUGAAAAUCUUGCUUAUACUUUAUUAAAAGAUGCUGGAAUUCCAACACCACCGUUUGGAGUAGCUAAAACUCCAGAAGAAGCAGAAAAAAUAGCAGCGAAUCUUAAUACAAAAGAUAUUGUUCUAAAAGCUCAAGUUCUUGCUGGAGGACGUGGAAUAGGACAUUUCAAAGACUCCAAUGUGAGAGGUGUUGUUAUGUGUGAAAGUCCCACAGAAGCUAAAACUGUGGCUAGUAGUAUGAUAGGCAAAUUGUUAAUAACUAAACAAACUGGACCGGCUGGUAAAAUUUGUAAUUCAGUAAUGGUAACGACACGUAUGUUUCCACGUAAAGAAUAUUAUAUGUCAGUAAUGAUGGAAACCACUUUUGAUGGUCCUGUUAUAAUUGUAUCUAAGCAAGGCGGUGUAAAUAUUGAAGAUAUUGCUGCUACGACUCCGGAAGCUAUAUCAUAUACGCCAAUAGAUAUUAUGAAAGGUUUAACACUUGAACAAAUAAAUAAAAUUGUGGAUAAUUUAGGUCUUGAAGGGGAAGGAAAAAAAAUCACUUCGAUAAUUAUUUGCAAUCUCUAUGAGUUAUUUAUUGAAAAAGACGCUUUGUUACUUGAAAUUAAUCCAUUUGCAUUAGACAUUUGUGAAGAAUAUUUUGCUUUAGACUGUAAAUGUUCUUUUGAUGACAGCGCAGAAUUUAGACAAAAGGAAUUAUUUAAUCUACAAGAUAUGUCACAAGUUGAUCCUAGUGAAGUUCAUGCAACUAAAUUUAAUUUAAAUUACAUACAUUUGGAUGGAAAUAUAGGAUGUUUGGUAAAUGGAGCUGGAUUAGCAAUGGCUACUAUGGAUGUAAUAAAAAUGAAUGGCGGUUUCCCAGCAAAUUUUUUAGAUGUUGGUGGUUCUGCUGACAAAGAAGCAGUAACAGAAGGUUUUAAAAUAAUACUAUCUGAUCCAAAUGUACUUAUAAAUUUAAAAGUAAUCAAAAUAAAUUUUUCAAAAAUAAAAUCAAUAUAA